ACCAUGUGUUUUGAUCAAUUGAUCUAAUCCCUAGGGGAAAACAUUGGUAUUUAACAUAUGAUUCAUGUAUAUGAGCGACACACUGUAUCAUUUCCGAAUAUUUGUUUCAUUCUUUUCUCUAUUUCCUUUUGAGGCAAGGCACACUCAUCGCCGUCCCAUGGAGCCAGACAUCUCGGAGCUCGACUCCGACGAUCUUCUCCGGCGGGCCUCUCGCUUACUGAGCAGCCGUGACUUCUCCACCAGCCGGAAAUACGCUAUCAUGGCUCGAAGAUUCUACCCAAAUCUUGCCGAAUUGAACGAGAUACUUGCCAUUGCAGAGGUUAUCAUCUCCGCCGAGAACUGCCGCCUUCCCAGCGACCACCUUGCCUACUACUCCAUUCUCCAAGUCCCAGAUUCUCAGGUCGAUAACAGAAAGUUGAUCCAAAACCAGUUUAUGAAAUUAGCCUUGAUCUUAAACCCUUCCACCAACAAGUUCCCCUUUGCUCUGGAAGCCCUCAAUCAUGUUCGCAACGCUUGGUCUGUGUUGUCCAACCCAAAAAGGAAGACCCAGUAUGACACUGAAAAUAGCAAUGGCAAGAUGCCUCAAGGCAAAGAGCACAAGGAAGAAGAUGUUUGUCAACAAAAUCGCACUCAGAACUGUAAUGGACCCAGCAAUGAGAAAGGGUUCAAAAGGGACAGGAAGAUAGAGAGUGGUUCACAAGAACAGGGGGGGAGAGGGCAUAGAGAGAGUGUGAGGGGAAAGGCUACAUUUUGGACUGUGUGUCCGUACUGUUUCCACUUGUACGAGUAUGAGAAGGUGUAUGAAGAGUGUUGCUUGCUGUGCCAGAAAUGUAGAAAGGGGUUCCACGGGAUGGCAGUACCUCCACCGCCUUCUAGUAUGCUGGAUGAAGGAAACGGGUACUACAGUGGGUAUGGGGUUUUUCCAUUGGGGUACCCUGUUGGUGAUUUCUUGGGAAACAAGAAAGAAAAUGGUGGUGGAGAUAAUGUGAAGGUGGAUAACUUUGUGGUGAUUUCUGAUGAUAGUGAUGAUGACUUAGACUCAAAUUUAAAGACUGAAGGUUAUCAAGUGAAAGAAGAGGUUUCCACAGUGGGUGAACCAGUGGUCAAAGAUGAUGGCAUGGAUAUGAGUGCGAAGAAUGAUGGUUUUCAGGUAAAGGAAGUAGUUUCUGGAGUUGGUAACUCAGGGGAAGGUAUGCAGAGUAGGGUCAUGAGAAGGAAAUCUGUGGCGAGGAAUACUAAGAAAAUGAUGGGGAGGGGCAUAAAGAAGAAGAAAAUUGAAGAUAUAAAAGUCCCAGAAAUGAAUACGGGGGUGGAAAAUGGAAGCGGGGAUGGCUGUUAUGAGGAUGAUCUGGAGUUUUUUGAGGGAGAUGAGGACAUAUAUGUUUGCAUAAGAGAUUCUGAUUGAGGAAGGAAGGGCAAUGGAACAUUGAGGUCUUUUGGGGUUUUUAAAUGAAAUUCCUUAGUUGUCUUUGUGGUUUCUAACAGUAGUUGAAUUAGCUGGAGCAGCUGCUUCUUUUUGUUUAACAGGAAAUCAUCACUACUGUGCAGUAGGUGCCCACAAUGUGCUCUGUUAAUCUCAUAGUUGUAAAGCAAGCAAUAAAAUAUGGUAUACUUC